AUGACUGAAGAAGAUAGAAAACUCACUGUGGAGACUGAAACAGUUGAGGCACCUGUGGUGAAUGAUCUUCUAUUGUCUAAUAAUAGUAAUAGUAACAGUAAUACUGUAGCAAUUUCUAACCCUAUUAUUCCCUCCGCUUCCAUAUCCGCAUCUCCGCUCCACAGGGAAAUAAAGGAUGAUUCUGGCAGUAUUGCUAUUACUACCAACAACGUUUUGGAGCAUAAUUUGCCGACUAUAGAUAACAAUUUGAUGGAUUCCGAUGCCACGUCACAUAAUCAAGAUCAUUGGCACUCGGACAUAAAUAGAGCAGGAACUUCGAUGUCAACAAGCGAUAUUCCGACGGAUUUACAUUUGGAACAUAACCCUUCUGUUCCAUCGAGUAACAGUAAUAGUAACAAUGGCUUAAUUAAUCAUAAUCCUUUGUCAUCCCAUCUUUCCAACGCGACAUCUUCUUUACGAAACAAGAAAAGCUCUUUGUUAGUGACAUCUAAUCCUGCGUUUGCCUCAGACAUUGAACUAUCGAAGAAGAAGAUUCCUCUCGUCUCCAAUAAUAUGCCUACAAGCAACAUUGCGCUUUAUCAAACAGCAAGAUCGGCAAACAUACAUGGCCCAUCUUCCGCAUCGGCGGCCAAAGCCUUUAGAAAGGCUUCAGCCUUCUCGAAUAACACGGCACCCAGCACGAGUAAUAACAUUAGUUCAGACACAUCACCCGCUCCUCUCUUACCGCUUCCUUCACUUUCUCAACAAAAUAAGUCGAAAAUAAUAGAAAGGCCCCCAAUGCACGUCACUAAUUCGAGGGAAAUACUGUUAGGGGAAAAUCUGUUAGAUGAUACGAAAACUAAGAGCGCUGUCGCGAAUUCAACUACUCAUGAUAGCGACCCAAUAGCUAAUGGUGAUUCACGCAUACCGAACCACCCAAACACAGAUGAUAAAGAAAACAGUGAUAGGGUUAAGAAAACUAAAAACAAUGAUAGCGUUAAUAGUGAACGUAAUGACAAUAUUAAUAGAGCAUCCACAGCACACACUAAAACUGUACCCUCAACUGCUUCGAAGUCCACUACUGAGAAUACGCAGGACCUUAAUAAUAAUAUUUCCAGCAACAGUAGUAACAACUACAGUAAGAAUAAAAAAAAGGUCGUUAACAAUAACAGUAAUAAUGCAUCGAAUAAAGUAAACAGCGAUGUCAAGAAGGUCAACGCCGACUCAAGCACUUCCACUUCCAACAACAGUACAACAAAUGACGAUUCGCAUGAUAGUAAUUCCGAAAAACCAACAAAGGCAGACUUUUUCGCUGCGAGACUGGCAACAGCAGUAGGUGAAAAUGAAAUUAGUGAUUCGGAAGAAACUUUUGUGUAUGAAUCUGCAGCUAAUUCGACUAAGAAUCUAAUUUACCCCGAUUCUUCCAACCAGCAGCAGUCACAACAACAACAGCAGCAGCAGCAGCAGCAGCAGCAGCAGCAGCAAAGCCAUGGUAUAACUUCUAAGAUGAGUGCUCCAUUGUUAAACAAUAAUAAAAAACUAUUAAGUCGGCUGAAAAACUCGAGGCAUAUAAGUACAGGUGCUAUACUGAAUAACUCAAUUGCGAGUAUGAAUCCUAAUUCAAGCUUAAAUUCUAAUAUGGCUCUGAAUAAUAACAAUAUGACGUCGGGCCACAAUCAUUUAGACGAAUUGAGUAGCGUAAUCCAGGUCCAACCGCAUCAAUUACAACAACAGCAACAAUCAACGGAUGUUCAAUCGGUAGAUUCAUAUACUUCUGAUAAUCCAGAAUGCCAUAUUAUUCCCAAGUCACCUGAUAAGAGAUCAAGCCUAGUGUCCUUGCCCAAAGUUUCUCCACACUUGCUUUCAUCUACAUCAAGCAAUGGUAAUACAAUAUCAUGUCCUAAUGUGGCAACAAAUUCACAGGAAUUGGAAUCAAAUAAUGAUAUCUCAACCAAAAAGUCGCUUUCUAAUUCCACUUUGAGACAUUCUUCCACCAAUAGAAAUUCGAAUUAUGGUGACAACAAAAGGCCACUUAGAACAACGGUCUCAAAGAUAUUUGAUUCGAAUCCAAAUGGAGCACCUUUACGAAGAUAUUCAGGGGUACCAGACCACGUUAAUUUGGAAGAUUACAUUGAACAGUCACAUAACUAUCCAACAAUGCCAAAUAGUGUAAAAAAGGAAGAAUUUUACAACAAUAGGAAUAGCAAGUUUCCUCAUGGGUUAAACUUUUAUAACGAUCACGACGUUAUUGAAGAGGAGAAUAAUAAUGACUCUAUAAACCCAAAUCGACCGCAACAUACCAACCUUCAGCACGAGUUUAUUCCAGAGGAUAACGAGAGUGAUGAGAACGAUAUUCAUUCCAUGUUCUACUACAAUCAUAAGAACGAUUUAGAGACGAAGCCUUUGAUAUCCGAUUAUGGUGAAGAUGAAGAUGUAGACGAUUAUGAUCGUCAAAAUGGUACUUUUAAUAGUUAUUAUGGCUCGGCAUCUAACACUCACGAACUUCCAUUGCAUGGCAGAAUGCCAUCAAGAUCAAAUAACGAUUAUUACGAUUUUAUGGUCAGUAACAAUACAAAUAAUGAUAAUCAAGUAAAUCAAUAUACUCCACUUAAAACAAAACGUGUUCAUAGACACCUUUCAAGAGCAAAUAAUAGCAUAAUGAAUGGUAGCAUCCAUAUGAAUGGCAACGAUGAUGUUGCGCAUCCUAAUAUCAAUAAUAACGAUAUCGUUGGUUAUUCUCCGCACAACUUUUAUUCAAGAAAGUCACCUUUUGGGAAAGUUAAGAGUUUCCUCUAUCUUGCAUUUGUGAUAUCAUCACUGUUGAUGACAGGAUUUAUUCUGGGAUUUUUGUUGGCCACAAAUAAAGAGUUACAAGACGUAGACGUGGUAGUAAUGGAUAAUGUCAUUUCAAGUUCAGAUGAACUAAUCUUUGAUAUCACAGUAAGUGCUUUCAAUCCUGGCUUUUUUAGUAUAAGCGUUUCCCAAGUUGAUUUGGAUAUUUUUGCAAAAAGUUCAUUCUUAAAGUGUGAUCCUAAUGGUGAUUGUACCGUGGUGGAGCAAGAACGGAGAAUUUUGCAAAUGACAACAAACCCUUCGCUAGUAGAAGAGAGUGCUAAAAGUGAUGUUAGUGGUGGGAACAUAGAGACCGUAUUACUAGGAACCGUUAACAGUCUAGAAACGCCAUUAAAGUUCCAGGGUGGUGCUUUCAAUAGGAACUACGAUGUGUCAGUUUCAAGCGUCAAGCUUUUAAAUCCUGGGUCUCGUGAAGCCAAACAUGAAAAUGACGAUGACGACGAUGAUAAUAACGGCAGCGAUGAAAGUAAUGUCAAUGACAAACAACACGAAAGUAAAACAAGUGUUACAAAAGACAAAGAGAACGAUACUAGCAAAUGGAAGCUACUGAUCAAACAUGAAUAUGAAUUGAUAGUUCGUGGGAGUAUGAAGUACGAGGUACCCUUCUUCAAUACACAAAAAUCUACGGCUAUUCAAAAGGAUUCCAUGGUCCAUCCUGGUAAGAAGUGA